AUUCCAGGCUCUUGCGUCGCGCGGUCGACCUCCCUGCUUUCGAAUCCGUUUUCUUUCAGGACAGUCAUGGCCAGAUUCUCUCUCGCCCUCGGGCUCCUCGUGGGAGUAUUGACGGCGUCUUCCGUCUGCCUAGCCGAUCCUCCGAACACAAGCAGUCGCUGUCCCUUAGCCUUCUGCUCCGGGACGUACGACCCUGUUUGCGGCAGCGACGGGAGGACCUACCUCAAUGAGUGCGUUCUGGAGUCGACCAAGUGCUUAAAGCCGGGACUGAAAUUCGCGAGACCAGGAGAGUGCCAUGAAUAGCUAGGACCACCGGAACAAUAGCCUCGUUCACGUUGAUUCCUCCUCCAGUUUUCUCUGACACUCCCCUUUCUCUUUCUCCUCCUCUCCCCCCCCCUCUUCCCCCACCCUCCAGCUACACGUCAACGUUGCUACGGCCUUCAAUGACCACAACGCCAUCGACCAAGGAACAUGUUUAACCAGUCUCAAAAGGAAGCCCAAAUUCCGUAAACCAAAAGUUGUUACAUAUGCAUAUGUGAUGUGCCUUGCUAUGAAUCAUGAUCUUCUAAAUUAAACCAAUUGGAUUUUG